ACUGCCUCAGUUCGUAUAUCAUCCAUACUGGUGGCUGGUGCCAUUUAUUUCCAUUCACCACCAACCUGACGAGCACUGUUCCGUCUCCCUCGUCUCUGUUCUGUUCUGUUGUGUUCUGUCCCAAUUCCAGUUCCAGACGAGAGAAACGCAGGCGGGGCAGGCACACUGCUACCGAGCCUGGCGUCGUCGCUGGCAGUGGCAUGCGCUGAAAGACCACCGAAACCACAUGUGGCCAGCAGGCGCGGAGGACCCGAUGGGCGUGGGCGUGGCGGGCACGGCGGGCAUGAGCCACGGCCCCGCGGCGCCGUCGCCGAGGUCGUCGAGCACGAUGCCGGCGGCGGGGCAGUCGCCGGUGCCGUACCUCUUCGGCGCGCUGGCGGCCAUGCUGGGGCUCAUCGCGCUGUCGCUGCUCGCCCUGGCCUGCUCCUACUGGAAGCUGUCCGGCGGCGGCCAGGAGGCGUACGACGACGACGACCCGGAACGCCAGGCCGGCGCCGGCGCGGGCGCGGAGGCCCGGCCCGGCCACGGAAAGGCCGCACCGACCGGCAAGGGCACCGGGGAGCGUUGGCGGGAGCACGCGGUGGUCAUCAUGGCCGGCCACGAGAGGCCGACGUUCCUCGCCACGCCAGCGUCGUCGCGCCGGGGCCCGAACGGCGCCCGUGGCGUCGGCGUCAGCGUGGACUCCGGCCCUGGCGACUCCGAGGACGGCGACGAGGCGAGGUGCGUGGAGUGCGGGGCGCGGUCUUGGCCGGCUCGCGCGGCCGACAGCGAGGGCGAGCCGGGGCGGACCGAGCAGAGUGGUGCAAGUGGUAGCUCGGUAACUGUAAUCAGUGAGAGAUGAGAGCUCCUUUUUUUUGGCGUGUGAGUGUGUGUGCCUGCGUUCGGUUCGCCGCAGCCCGCAAGUAAUGGGUCGUCGGUCCAGCCACCAGCUCCUGCAACGGACGCCGACCUGAUUUUGGGAGGGAAAGAAGAGAAGGCAGGCUGCAGCUCGUGUACUGCCGCGUGCGUACAUGUUUUCUUUUUACUCGUAGAAAAUGUUGGGCCUUAUUUUUCUACGAGAGCCGGCAAAACAUUUUCUGUCGCAUGCAA